AUGCAUUCCGCUGCCGCCUCCUCCCGACCGACGCCGCAGCCGCCACUUUCUCCGCCUCUAUCCUCCGAUUCCGACUCCGACGCCUCUUCCCCCUCCGAUUCCUCCGUCACCCACCGCCACCCCGACCUAUCUUCCACUAUCUUCCAAUCCUACCUAACCAGCCACAAUUCUGCCCAUCACGAUCAGAAUCACGAUCUCGCAAAGAUCCAAUCUUUCCUAGCGUCCUCACGCUCCGGCGCCAUUUCCUGCCUCAUCUGCCUCGAGCGCAUCAAGCCGACUGAUCCGACAUGGUCCUGCUCCUCCCGCUGCUUCGCGAUCUUCCACCUCCUCUGCAUCCAGUCGUGGGCCCAGCAGUCCACCACCCUCGCCCGGGAGCGUGCCUCCUCACGCGCAGCCGUCGUCCCCGACGACAGCUCCCUGGUCUGGCCCUGCCCCAAGUGCCGUGUCGAGUACCCAAAGCCCCAAAUCCCCAGGAACUACUAUUGUUUCUGCGGUAAGGUCCAGGAUCCGCCCCGCGACCCAUGGAUCCUGCCCCACUCGUGCGGGGAGAUUUGCGGACGCCCGUUGAGUCACGGCUGCGGGCAUCACUGCCUGCUUCUGUGCCACCCGGGUCCCUGCCCGGCCUGCCCGAAGCUCGUCAGGACUGGGUGCUUCUGUGGGAAGUCAGAGGAUGUGAGGCGGUGUGGGUUCAAGAAUUUCUCCUGCAGCAGCGCUUGCGGGAAGCCAUUGGAGUGUGGGGUCCACAAGUGCAUUGAGAUCUGCCACGACGAGCGGUGCCCGCCCUGCCGGAGGAAGGGGACUUACAAAUGUCGAUGUGGGAAGCUGGAAAUGUCGAGAGAAUGCUGUGAAAGGGACUUUAGAUGCGAAAAUGGCUGCAAUAAGAUGUUGGACUGUGGCAAGCAUGUAUGUGAAAGGGGCUGUCAUCAAGGAGAGUGUGGGGAUUGUCCUCUUCAGGGGAAGAGGACUUGUCCCUGUGGGAAGAGAGUUUAUGAGGGGAUGGCGUGUGAUUUGACCGUGCCUCUGUGUGGGGCCACUUGCGAGAAGGUUUUGAGCUGUGGGUUCCAUCGGUGUCACGACAGGUGCCAUCGUGGGCCGUGCCUCGAGACGUGUAGGAUCGUGGUUACCAAGGCUUGUAGGUGUGGGAGCCUGAAGAAACAGGUUCCUUGCUAUCAAGAGCUGACGUGUGAAAGGAAGUGUCAGAAAGUUAGGGAUUGUGGUCGGCAUGCUUGUAAGCGCCGAUGCUGCAAUGGGGAUUGUCCACCUUGCUCUGAGAUUUGUGACCGGAGGCUUAGGUGUAGGAAUCACAAGUGUCCAGCACCUUGUCACAGAGGUGCUUGUGCUCCUUGCCCGUUGAUGGUGAGAAUCUCAUGUUCAUGCGGGGAGACACAGUUUGAGGUCCCUUGUGGCACAGAGAAUGAACAUAAACCUCCCAAGUGCCGUAAAUUAUGUCAUGUUGCUACUCUGUGCAGGCAUGGGCCAUCCCGCAAGCCACACAGGUGCCAUUAUGGUGUUUGUCCCCCAUGUCGGCUGACGUGUGAUGAAGAAUACGCAUGCGGCCACAAAUGCAAACUAAGGUGUCAUGGGCCUAAACCAGCUCCUCUUCCUGAAUUCACUUUGAAACCCAAAAAGAAGAAGUUUAAUCAUUCGAGUGAAGAAACUCCUGGUUCCCCAUGUCCUCCUUGCCCGGAUCUUGUGUUAAGGUCGUGCGUUGGUCAUCAUAUUGGAGAAGAAAGAAUGAUGGUUUGCUCAAAUACGGCAGAAUUUUCUUGUGACAAUUUGUGCGGAAAUCCUCUCCCUUGUGGCAAUCAUUAUUGUACUUAUGUAUGUCAUGCCGUGAAAAAUCAUCCUUCAAAAUCAGGCGAUUCAUGCGAAAAGUGCAAUCUCCCUUGUGAAAAGGAGAGAGAUCCAGGAUGCCUACACCCUUGCCCCUUGCCAUGUCAUCCCGGGCAGUGUCCUCCUUGCAAGGCACUCGUUAAACGCUCGUGUCAUUGUGGGUCCAUGGUACAUGUUUUUGAGUGUAAAUAUUUCAAUAGCAUUUCGGAAGACGAGCGUACGGCUGCUCGUUCUUGCAAAGGGCCAUGUCACAGAAAGUUGCCAAACUGCACACAUUUAUGCCCCGAGACGUGCCAUCCCGGUUCCUGUCCAUUACCUGAUAAGUGCUCUAAGAAGGUUACGGUUCGUUGUGGAUGCCAAACCUUAAAAAAGGAGUGGAUGUGUCGGGACGUGCAAGCUGCAUAUCGUGAUUCUGGAUGUGAUUCCAAAGAUAUCCCUAAGAAUCAAUAUGGGCUCGGGCUUCUUCCCUGUGAUAAUGAGUGCAAGAGCAAAAAGAAGGCUCUUGAAGCACAGCUACAUUUUCGCCAGCCCAAGCCUCAGGAGGAUAAGGAGUCUGAUGAUGCUAACACUGUAAAGAAACGUAGAAGACGAAAGCAAAGAAUACACGAAGAGCAGAAUGUUUCAAGAGUGCAGAAAAUAAUUGCUGUGGCUAAACGGGUUUUGCUGAUUCUCAUCAUUGUUGUUAUUGUAAUUGCUUCUGCAUAUUUUGGGUAUGGUGGUCUCAUGUGGCUAUCCGAUUGGAUGAAUGAAUAUGAAACUCAGCAAAGGAAAAGAUUAUCGCGAAUCUAG